AUGACUGUUGCCACUGUAGCCACAACCCACACCAAGAAGCUCGUGAAGCUCGGCCGGUCUCUCUUCCGCUGGGGAUUUAACUCCUCCAAAUGCAAAAUGCAAGCGAAAAUGGCGGUGGCUAGGAUAAAGCUACUGAGGAACAAGAGACAGGCGGUGGUGAAGCAGAUGAGGCGUGACAUUGCCUUGCUCCUCCAGUCAGGUCAAGACGCCACUGCUCGAAUCCGGGUUGAACAUGUGAUCAGAGAGCAGAAUGUUUUGGCUGCAAAUGAGUUCAUUGAGCUUUUCUGUGAAUUAGUAGUGUCCAGACUUUCUAUCAUUGCAAAGCAAAGGGAAUGUCCAGCUGAUCUCAAAGAAGGGAUUGCCAGUUUAAUCUUUGCAUCCCCAAGGUGCUCUGAGAUUCCAGAACUAUUGGAGCUUCGGAAUAUUUUUGAGAAAAAAUAUGGAAGAGAUUUUGUAUCUGCCGCUGUUGACGUACGACCCAGCUGUGGUGUAAACCGCAUGCUGAUUGACAAGCUCUCUGUUAGAACCCCUACGGGUGAAGUAAAGUUGAAACUCCUGAAGGAGAUAGCCAAGGAAUACCAUGUUGAGUGGGAUACAUCAGAAUCUGAACAGGAGCUUCUCAAGCCUCCAGAAGAGCUUAUACAAGGACCAAGCAAUUUUGUCAGUGCUACCAGCAUGCCUUUGCAGGCCCAAUCUGUCGAGCCUAAUAAGCCAGACACCAGUUCACGCAGAACAAGUGGCGGUGGAGAAAGGGGAUCUGUUCAGCCCAAUAAGCCAGGCACCAGCUCUUCACGCAGAACAAGUAGCAGUGGAGAAAGGGGACAUAUGCAUUUUGCAGACUCGGCCUCUGCUGCUGAAGCAGCUGCAAAAUCUGCAAAUGAAGCAAUGGCUGCUGCACAAGUUGCUGCAUAUCUGGCCAACAAAGACUUAAGUCAAGCACCUCAAGUUCCUCUAUGCGUCAAUAAUGGAUUUGGAACCCCUUCUGGCCAUUCCACUGGCCACUUCAUGCCAGAUUGUCCACCAGUUGAUUCGCAGAAUAUCGAUCACCAAUCUCAAGCUUGUGGAAUUGAUAGGUCUCAUUCUUCAAGAAAUGAGAAAACAGUGCUUAGCCAUGGAGAUGAGAAGAAAUUUGUCUACAGGAGAUACAGCUAUAAUGCCCCAUCAGAACACUCAGAUAUUAGGUUUGAUGAAUCAGACUGUGAUGAAGAAGUUGAAAUGGAGGCACCUCCUAGUGGCUUUCAUCAAGCACCUGAGCGUCCUCCACCACCCCCACCUUCAGCAGCUACGAUUUCUCGAGUUCAUCCGAAAUUACCAGAUUACGACGCACUUGCUGCCCGCUUUGAUGCCCUUAAGUUUCGGAAGCCAACAUAA